CAACGAGAUUGUAUAUCGAGCAUUUUGAAGGAGGGUAGUUAGACGAAUCUCUAAUCAGCUGGUCUAUGUUGCAGGAGUUUACUGGAGUUGCAUAGUCUGCAAAAUGGGGGAUGAGUCUAUUGAAUGCCUGUCUAACGACUCUGGAGAUUCAUGGGAUAUCCUGAGUAAUUCUGAAUCUGAAAUGGAGCGCGAUCCUUCAAGUCAACCGCAACCAAACUGUCUUAUCGUCUGUGCCAAUUGUGGCGAUUUAUUGUCUGAUGAGUUCCUGCAGUGCUUGUUGUGUAAAAAUUGCUACGUUUGUAUCAAGUGUAAAGCAAAAUCUCCUUUAGCUACAAAGUGCACAGAAGUUGGGGAACAUUCAUUUAUACCAACACUCAGGUUGUUAACAUCUAAAGAUGUAUCUAAUUUAGAAAACUGUGAAUCAGAUAUUCUUAGUUUACCGGAAACUGAUAGCACUCCAUCAGUUCAUGAAGAUUUCACUGAUAUAGAUAACUGGAUGAAAAGCAGUUCAAAUACACAGUCACUUACAUUAUCAGAUUUCAAUUCCACUAAAGAAUAUGUCGAAGUUGAGGCUGUUCCAUCUAGUCCUACUAAUGAUGAACAUCAAGAUAAGAAAUGUUCAAAUAAACUGUCACAAGGUGACAGUUCAAUUUUAAAUGUUUUAUUACAAUUUUUACGAAAUAACAAUCAAUCGACAAUAGAACCAAGUUUAUUCGACUCAAAAUUGUUACUGGCAUCAAAUUUAGAGUCAUCUUUUCCAAAAACAUUUCAUCCACAUCAUACAACUGUUCAGAAUGUUUUACUAAAUAUGGAUGAUAGUUCAGCUUUUCAAUCAUGGUUCAAUUUGGGUAGUUCAUUGGGGAAUACACGUCGUAAACAAGAAAGUUUAUCUUCUAAUUCUUCUUCAUCAUCAUUAUCAUCUGAACCUAGUCCUGAAAAUAUAUCACAACAUUAUGAUUCCUUUCCGUUAAUAACAACACUUGUUGGUGUAACAAGUGGUCGCUUCACAGUUUCAUCAUCAUCACCACCAUUAACACCAACAACAAUACCAACGGCGUUGAAAAGAGAAUCACUCGUUGGAUCAUCUGGUGAUAAUAGCCCAAAUCGUUCAAGUUCCUCUUCAGAUUUCUCGCCUCAAUCAUCAAUCUGUUCACUUUCAUCUUCACCAUUAGGAGCUGCUACUCAAUUCUUGAAAUCGGUUGUUAAGUAUUCUGCUGCCGCGUUGAACAAUUUCGAUUUAUUGUCAUUAGAUCAAACAGAUGAUAUACCUGUGGAUAAUUGGUCUAAACCUUUUACUUCUACUACUACUGCUACUACCACUAAUAAUAAUAAUAAUAAUAAUAAUAAUAAUAAUAAUAAUAAUAAUAAUAAUAAUAAUAAUAAUAAACAAAAUAUCCAAUGUAAUAAUUCAUCAAGUAAACAAAAUUCCUCAUUAUCACUAUCAUCAUCAGUAUCAUUAACACCAAGCUAUUUUCCUAAAUCUGUUAAUAUUAAUAAUAAUUGUAAUACUAAUCAUACUAUUGGUAUAAAUACUGCUGUCAACUCCAUAGAUAACAAUAAUAAACGAACUGUCUGGGAUAAUGAACGUUUACGUGAAAUCAUCAUUGCUAAACCAUUACCAUCUACUAUAACUGAAACAUUUGCAUAUAAUUUACGCUAAAUUCAAUUUGUUCUUUAUGUGUGUGUGAGAGAGAGAGAGAGAAACACAACAACAACAACAGAAUUAUUAUUUAUUUGUUUAUUUAUUUCCUCUUUUCUGUUUAUUAUUUAAACAAAAAUACACAUUUACAUACAUAUAUACAUCUAUGCCUAUUUAUAAUAAAUUCAAUGAACAUUGAUUUACUUGCUUACGCUUGUUUACCCCCUUAUGGAGGAGGAGGAGGAGGAGCAUAGGCCGCUCAUCAACAUUCUCUCAUCCAACUCGAAACUUUGAUAGGAUUGCAUGAAUUUGUUUGUUCACUUUACAUCAAAUAACUAUUCAAUUUAAAUUUUAAUAUACAUUUAAACAUUCAUAGAUACAUAAUGUAUUUAGGUGUUAUAUGUUAUCCAUAUUGUUGGGUUUAUUUCUUGUAAUAUGCAAUUAAUCAUUAUAUGGUUUAUAAAUUCAGCUGUUUGUUACGUAAUAUUCAUCAUCAUCAUGAUUAUAUGUUUAUAGGACAUUCAUAAAUGUUUAUUCCUGUGUACAUUUACUAUAAAAUGUAUCAUAUAAAAUUUCUUCUAUGUUGUUACCAUGAAAAGAAUCAAUAUAUAAAAGGAGAUUGUUGCCAAGCGCUGGUGUUACAUAAUACGAAUUAAAAAUUAUUAUUAUUAUUAUUAUUAUUAUUAUUAUUAUUAUUAUUAUCAAUCCAAUAUCUUUCCUAAACUUUAUUUCAUAUCCAUUUAAAAUAACUUUUAAUUAAAUUCAUUUGUUAUUGUAAAAUUAUUAAUAAUUAACAUGAAUGAGAUUUAAUGAAUCAUUCAAACGUUUUUUUUGUUUUGGUGUUUAUUCUUUAAAAUAUUUUAUGUCAUAAACUUGAUGUUUAUUGUCCAAGACUUUGUUUGUUUGCUUUCAAAGGAAAAAGAAGAACAUUUCCAUUGUAAAUUAUUCCUUCAUGUUGAUUUAAACCAAGACAAUCACUGUGAAGAUAUAAACUUUGCUGCAUGUACCAUGAUUUUGGUAACCGAUUACUAUCACCAAUCCUCAGAAAAAAAUACGAUCAUAUUUUAUCAUCGCAGUUUUCAGCUUCAACCCCCUAUCGAUACGGAAAUUAAUUGGUCAGAUGUGACUACUGUUUGA